AUGGCCAAUCCAUCCGUCCUUAUUCAGCAACUGACUCUCCUGGCGGAGAAUCCAGACGCUUUUUCGCAGCACCGGAGCGAGAUCGUCUCGCUCGCCCGGAAAGCUACUGCGGCGCUGGAGACUCCGUUCGAGACCUUCCAGCGUCUCGUCUAUUCGCCACUCCCUCUGGUACUCGCCCGCAUAGCCCAGGAGCGGGGAAUCUUCAAGGCGUUGGUCGAGAACGAUGGGAAACCGACGAGCACCGCUCUGCUGGCGGAGCGGACCGGGGUCAAGCUGGGUAUUCUCGAGCCGCUGCUCGAGUACAUGUCUACCCAGGGCAUGGCGGAGCAGAUCUCGCCUCAGGAGUAUGCCGCCACGAAGCUGUCGCAUAUGCUCCUGAACCCGCUGUUCGUGGAUGGAGUGACCCACUUCCACGACAACUGUCUCCCCGCCUUCGCAGCCCUGAAUGCCUUCCUCUCCAAGGAUCCUUCAGAUAAGCGGACCGCGUUCCAGAUCGGACAGCGCAGCGAGAAUGACUUUUACAGAUGGUUGGAGACCCAUCCCGUGCAGCAAGGCGCAUUCCACCGGUUCAUGGAAGCCCAAUUCGCCUCUCUGCCCACCUGGCUGGACGUGAUCGACUUUGAAAAAGAGUAUGCCAAGCACGCAGGCCCCGAGACCCCGAUCUUUGUCGAUGUUGGCGGUGGCGCUGGCCAGCAGUGUGUCGCCCUUCGCAAGCGAUUCCCGAAUCUGAAGGGAAGGGUUGUUCUGCAGGAUCUGCCGUCCGUGCUGGACAAAGCAAUUACCGGGGAUGAUGUGGAGAAGAUGGGCUAUGACUAUCUAACUGAGCAACCUGUCAAGGACGCUGAUAAAAGGACAGGUGCCCGCGCCUACUACUUCCGGCAGAUCAUGCACAACAACGACGACGAAACCUGCGUGCGCAUCCUGCAGUCGCAAGCCCCGGCGAUGGACAAAUCGUCCGUGAUCCUCAUCGACGAGAAGGUCCUGCCGGACGAGAAACCCGCCCUGACGGAGGGCAACUGGUACACGUCGGCCCUCAACCUGGCGAUGGUGGCCAUGUUCAACGCGCUGGAGCGACGCGAGGCGCAGUGGAGGAAGCUCCUCGCGGAUGCAGGGUUUGAGAUCCUUGCCAUCAAGACCUUUACUGACUUCCGCGACAGUGUGAUCGUUGCGGUCAAGAAAUGA